CCAGGCGGCGGAUGAGACCGGCUCGGUCAGGGACAUGACGCUGGACGCGGUGGUCAUCGGCGACGAAGAGGCAAUCGGCAGCGGAAGGGAGGGGGUGGGCGGUGGCGCGGACAUGAUCGAGCCUGAGACACCAGAUACAUUGAUAGGAGUUGGGAUCCUACCAGGUCUAGCUCGUAGGUUGUAGGGGUGGAAGGAGGCUUGGCGUGGAGGAAGACGAGGUUGCCGCCGUUGGGGCGCCGUCGCGCGCGCACGAGAGAGAGGGCGCAGGAGGCGGCGAGUAGGGUUAGGUCUCCUGGCUCCCUUCAAGAAGCCGAGCAAAUAUGAUUGCUUCUGCUUAACUUCAAACAAGUCUCUACAUUUUUUUUUGAGGGGAACCAAGUUUAUUCAUUCAUAAGCCACAGAACGUGGAAUACAUCUCGGAUCAUGGGGUUGGCCAAGCCACACGUGACGCCCCUGACCUAAAGAAUGAGCAAACUUGGCUAUGCUAUGAGCAUCGUUAUUCGAGUCUUUACAUGAGUUUAUAUAAUCUCCAAAUACGAUAACUGGGCUAAGCCCCUAAUAACGAUAAGAUAACUGGGCCAGACCCCUAACUGCCUGGCCUGUAGUAUAUGCCCGCCAUAACAUAUACCAUAUUUUCCUUCCAUAAAAUCUCAACGGUUUGUCAAAUUUUGAGGCGUACGUUAUCCAAGUAGGACACAUAUGUAACUACUUGCAGUUAAACCGACGUGCCUCUUUGAUGGACCAUCAUUGUUCAUGUGGAAGUGGUCAGUUCAAAAUUUCUACACUUCUUCCUGUCAACAAUGUGAAAAGGCCCUAUAUUCUGGGAGAUUUUGUUUGACCAGUUAGACCAUUCUAUAGUCUACACAUCAGUCAUAGGGGCUUUCCCUGGUACCCAACCUGACCACGGAGCAGCACAGUAGAAUAUUCUACCUGCAACCCCCAUGUGGUUAUGCUCUGCCCGCUCAUAUGACAUGCGUGAUGCGUUUCGUCCAUGUCGUCGUCCCCCUCUUCCAGAUUUCAGAAUGGAUGCAUCAAUCGGCAGUCCUAGUCCACAUUCUCCUCUUCCAGAUUUCAGAAUGGAUGCACCAAUCGGCAGUCCUAGUCCACAGCCACCCAACUUUGCCACAAUGUCAAGUUAUAGUCCACCGCCCAAAGAGGCCAAGACUCUUCACCUCCAGAUGUUAAAACAUGACCCGGGACCGCAUCCAACCUUCAACCAGACAACCACAAUGCCUCUUGUUGCCAUCCUAUUCAUACUUCUCAUCUCUGCCUUCCACGCCCCAUGUUCUGCAGCAAGAAGCACGAUUUUAGCUGGUGAUCGCCUCACCGGCGAUGACAAGCUUGUCUCUCGCAAUGGCAAGUACGUGCUCGGCUUCUUCCAACCAGGCAGUGAGUACUCCUCCCAGCAGACUCCCGCUCACUGGUACAUAGGCUUAUGGUUUGGUAAGAUACCCAAGUUAACCCCAGUGUGGGUUGCGAAUAGGGACAAACCAAUUGUAAACCUUGAAAUGUCGGAGCUCACGAUCUCCGAUGAUGGUAACCUUGUCAUCUUAGAUAAAGACACCAAAUCGACAAUUUGGUCGACCCAUGCUAAUAUCACCGCCAAGAACACUACAGUUCUGCUCAUGGACAAUGGGAACCUCAUCUUAGGAGAUGCAUCUAACUUAUCCAACGUCAUAUGGCAGAGCUUUGAUUACCCUACUGAUGGUCUGCUCCCUGGUGCAAAGCAAGGCGUGGAUAAGGUCACCGGUUUGACUCGUCACCUCGUUUCCAAGAAGAGCUUGAUUGAUCCAGCUCCUGGCCGUUAUUGUGUGGAAUUAGAUACAACUGAUCCUGGCCAAUUCCUCUAUAAACUAUGCAACUCGUCCAUAGUAUAUUACUCUAGUGGAGAAUGGAAUGGUCAUUACUUCAACUCGAUGCCAGAAAUGAAUGGAGCCAAUCUUUUUACCUUUAAAUUUGUCAACAAUGACAAAGAGGAGUACUUCAUAAAAAAUGUAACAGAUGACAAGCUGAUAUCUGUUAGCCUUUUGGACAUUACUGGACAGGAAAAGCAACUCAUCUGGGUUGAAAGUUCACAAGAUUGGGCGACGGUCUUCACCCAGCCUAAAGAUCAAUGUGAUGUCUAUGCUACAUGUGGACCAUUCACAAUCUGCAACAGCAACACAGCCCAAGUGUGUGAUUGCCUGAAGGGCUUCUCAAUAAGGUCACCUAAGGAUUGGGAGAUAGAGGACCGGUCUGGCGGGUGCAUAAGAAAUGUGUCACUGGACUGCGGUGCCAGGAACCAAAGCAGAAAUGCAACAACUGACAAGUUCUACCCCAUGACAAAGGUCACACUGCCUGCAAUGCCCAUAGUUAUAGAAGCUGCUGGGAGCAUAGACCAUUGUGCACAAGCUUGCCUAGAUGAUUGCUCUUGCAUUGCAUAUUCCUACAGCGACAGAUGCUCCCUCUGUUAUGAUGACUUGCUUAACAUAAAAAAAGGCGAUAUCGGAACUACUAGAAAUGAAGAGGUUCUCUACUUACGCAUCUCUGUCAAGGAUGCAGAAAGUUGGACAAAUACAAAGAGAGGGAAGGGGGUUAUUUGGGCUACUACUGCUGCAAGUGUCGUUGCUUUGCUUUUGUUGACAGUUGUCAUGUGGUUUCUACUAAUAUGGAGGAGCAAGAGAAAGCACACUACCGGCAUGUACAAUAAUGCACAAGGUGGCAAUGGAAUUGUAGCUUUCAGAUACAUUGAUCUGCAACAUGCAACCAAAAAUUUCUCAGAGAAGCUAGGGGGAGGGAGCUUUGGAUCUGUAUUCAAGGGGUUACUAACCGACUCUACAGCUAUUGCGGUGAAAAGGCUUGAUGGUGUCCGUCAGGGAGAGAAGGAAUUCAGAGCCAAAGUGAGUUCAGUUGGAAUCAUCCAACACAUCAAUUUGGUUAAAUUAAUUGGCUUUUGCUGCAAGGGCAGUAUGAGACUGCUUGUGUAUGAAUACAUGCCAAAUCUUUCCCUCGAUGCACAUCUCUUCCGCAGCAACACAAAGGUACUAAGCUGGAGUGUCCGUUACCAAAUAGCCCUUGGAAUUGCAAGAGGAUUAGCAUACUUGCAUGAGAGUUGCAGGGAUUGUAUCAUACACUGUGAUAUCAAGCCACAGAACAUACUUCUGGACACCUCAUUUGUACCUAAAGUUGCAGACUUUGGUAUGGCCAAAUUUCUAGGGAGGGAUUUUAGCAGAGUUUUGACUACAUUUAGAGGAACUAUAGGCUAUCUUGCACCUGAAUGGAUCAGUGGAGUAGCCAUUACACCAAAAGUGGAUGUCUACAGCUACGGCAUGAUGUUGCUUGAAAUAGUAUCAGGUCGGAGCAACAAUACAUGUAAGGAGAAUAGCAGCAGUGGUGAUCAUUCGGCAUAUUUCCCGGUUCAAGUUGCAAGGAAACUUCUAGCAGGGGACGUUGUGGGCUUGUUGGAUGACAAGUUGCAUGGUGAUGUUAACUUGGAUGAAGUUGAGAGGGUCUGCAAGGUGGCUUGCUGGUGUAUCCAAGAUGGCGAAUCCAAUCGACCGACCAUGGGAGAAGUGGUUCAAAUCCUCGACGGUUUGUUAGAACUUGAAGUACCCCCAAUACCAAGACUGCUUCAAGCUAUUGCAUGAAGGUCACCAAUCACCUUAAACUAUAUCCCAGUCUGAAGGCAAAGCAGUGCCGAUUAAGGUUAAGAUAUGGUACUCGAUGAGAAUAAUAUUAUGAUGGACCUGCUUCUAUGGUCCAUAAUCACUGCUAUUUGUAACUUAUUUUCUGCAACUUAUCUUCAAUGCAUCUAAGAAUUAUAUUUUGGGAGACUGAUCCCAUGUAUAUUUGUAUGGACCUGCUUUUAUGGUCCAUAAUCACUGCAAUUUGUAAGCAUAUAUCUUCUGUUAAUUAUCUUUGAGGGAAGCAUCCAAGGAUGACAUGUUGGGAGAGACUGAUCCCACAAUUAUUUCAUACUAGGACUAGCCGGCAGGAAUCUCUGUUAAGUCGUUUUGUGUGCAUUCUAUGCUGGAUGUAUUGCAUACGAUCUGUGCUAUUUAGGCAAUUUAGUUAGUGAAUAACCUUGCCAAACCUUAGAAUCUCAAACACGAUUCACCCAUAUUGCUAAAGAAAAAGGACAACGAAGUCGAGGGUU